GUUGAUGUUAUGAAUGCUAAGCUAACUGGCUACGCUCAAUGUUUCGUACGAGUCGUUCGUGUGGAUACACGAGAUGAAUUUUAGUUUUUGAGGCAUUGCCAUCAGUUUUUGUACACGGUAGCUUUAGUUUAGGUUUAAAGAGCAGAGGAGAGGGACGCGACGGAAGGGAGCCUAAUGCAGUCUGCUGCGGAGACGGUGGAGAAUGCCUCCAUCCUGUCAGGUGGCUCGGCGCAGGACGGUCAUCGGCUCUGGAUCGGCAACAUUGACCCCAAAAUCACAGAGUACCAUCUAGUGAAGCUCCUGGAGAAAUUCGGCAAAGUGAAGCAGUUCGACUUCCUGUUCCAUAAGUCGGGUCCUUUGGAGGGACAGCCGAGAGGAUACUGCUUCGUCAACUUCCACACCAAAGAGGAGGCUGAACGGGCUAUUCAGUGUCUGAAUGGAAAGUUGGCCCUUUCUAAGAAGCUAGUGGUGCGUUGGGCUCAUGCUCAGGUAAAGAAGUUCGAACCCUUCAAAGGAGACAAAAAUGUGCCGGCCAGUUUAGAGCCUUCGUCCAGUGAAGCCGAGGAGCUGCCAACCACUCUGAGUGUUAACGCAAAGAUCCGUGCCAUCGAAGCCAAGCUGCAGAUGAUGGAAGAAAACCCAGAUGAUUACUCCGGCCCAUCUGCGUACAUCUACAACAAGCCCCCUGAUAAAAGAGACAAGAGGUCCCAGCCCUACUACAAGCCCUUCCGUAAAUUCAGGAGAUGACCUCUCCGGCAGCUGUCCGGCGCUGAAGGGACUGUGUGGAGAUGAGCUCUCGACCAGACGAGGAAGUCCAACACCUUUGCUUUGCUGUUCUGUUUCUCGGCCAGCGGAGGAGUCCUUUUACUGUGAAAGGCAGCUGAUGUGACCAGAAUCUAGCCACAAAACUCUAGUCGAUGCAUUUUUUUCUUUUUCGAACAUCCAUGUCAUUUGGGUUCUCGGGGGGUUUUAAGGGAUAGUUCAGUCGAGAGAAGACCGUGUUUUGACAGACGUCUUCUUCUGGUGAGGUCCAGUGACGCUUGAACUCUUAAGAUAGCUUCUUUCGUGCUGCUGUACAGGUUUGGAGAAACAUUGAGGCGCAUAAAUUGUGACAGAAACUUCACCAUCCUUUUAUGACAUCUCAGUUUACACCCCUCUCUCCACACCCUUCCAGAAUAUCUAGCAUUGUUUUUUUUUUUUUUUGUUUUGUUUUAAAUUGGCUUGUUGUUGUGUGUGUGGUGUCUCACGAUCCCAAAUCCUCAUCCUUCUCAGACUCUACCCUUCUUGGUCGCACUGUUCGAACGUGUAAAGGAAGCACAAUAUUAUGCAUUGUUUAUUUAACGAUGAAUAUCUUGCCUUUUUAAGUCUGAAGUGAAAAGGGCUUUUACCACGUGAUCUGGAGAAGGGCAUCACAACAGUGGAUGUCAUCGGAGGUUUAGAUCAAGUGUAAAUAUCCAGGUUUUUUGAUAGAUUUUGCUCCCGUCGUGUUCAAAAAUAAAUGAAGUCUCCUAGGAGGUGUCCAGACUGGA